AAACUUAGUGAUGAAAGAAAUCCCCCAACAGCCUCUCACCAGUUCCUGCCGCUCUGUCUGGCCGGACUCUGCUGGGGCUUUUACAUCUAAUCCCAGGGCUGAGCUGGGUCACUGGGGGCAGGGAGGAUGGGAGAGAGAGGGAGGAAGGGAGGCUGCCUCCCACCUGCCAGAGACUGUAUAAAUACAGGGGUGGAGAGAGCAAUCUUCCCAGAAGACCCAGGCUUUCUUCUGGGACAGAGCAGAACAGGACAGCAGCCUGUAGCCAGAUCUGAGACCACAGCCCCAAACCAUGUACUUAAAAUCCCACCUGGAGGAUGGUGCAGGAAAGAGCCAGCAGCAUAAGGAUCUCCUUGGAAAGAUGCCCAAGAGAUAUGGCGAUGGGGAGCUAGCUUGGAACUGGAAUGCCAAAGGCAGGGCACACCCAACCUUCCUUAUUGACUGUGCCAGUGGGAAGCCUCUGCCUCAGCCCGUGCCAUCCCCACCCCCUCCCCAAAGGCCCCAUUUGGGACCCAUCCCUCCUCCCAUGGAAACCUACAUCCUGUUCUGCUGGGACCUGCCCAGGCCUCCUUGGGACCUCUCCCAACGUGGAGAAGAUGAAGCAGAAUCCAGCAAACCCCUGAGCGAGGUCACCCAGAGCCUGGCUCCCAGCCCAGUCAGCCAGUCCAAGUCCAAGGCAAUGCCCUCCAAGUCCUUCUUAACGCUAAGGGCUUGGGACACAGUCAAGGGCUCCCUGAAGGCAUUCUGUUCCUGCAUCUGUGGGCAAGAGAAUUAAAAUUGAGUGUGUGGCAAUUUAGUGCAGCACACAUUUAUUGAGUGCCUACUGUGUGCGUGAUCCUGGGUUUGACUCUAGGAAGAUAAACAUAAAAAGGGAAAUCCUCAAGGAGCUUAUGAUCUAAAAAUCAAAUACAAUAACUAUUAACAAGCAUUUAUUUUUUUAAAUAAAUUUUUAUUGUUAUCUUUUAUUUUUACAUUGUCUAAGUUUCUCUCAGUACUCCUUGCCCUCCCCAUCCCAUAUAACAUAGAAUAUUUUUUAAGGAAAAAGAGAAAUGAAAGAAAAAGAAAAAAAAGCCAAAUUUAAUGCAUUAAAAGUCAGAACAUUGAUUCAGUGGUCCACACUGAUGUGAUCCCUCACCUCUGCAAAGGGAUAGGGUGGGAGUGUCUUGUCCUAGUUCUUGGAAGCCAUGAUUGCUCUUUGAAAUUUCCAAACAUUCACUUUGAUUUGUGGUUUGGGCCACCCACUUCAUUUACACCAUUGUAGUCAUUGGGUAUAUAUAUUGUUUUCUUGACUAUUUUGGUUUUCAUUAAUUCAUGUAAGUCUUUCUGUGCUUCUCUGUAUUUAUCAUACAUAUAAUUUCUUUCUUUUUAAAAAUAUAUAUUUUUUCUUUGUGGCAGCCCUCUUUAUAGUGGCAAGAAACUGGAAAGUGAAUGGAUGUCCAACAAUGGGGGAAUGGCUGAAUAAGUUAUGGUAUAUGAACAUUAUGAAAUAUUAUUGUACUGUAAGAAAUGAUCAGGAGGAUGAUUUCAGAGAGGCUGGAGAGACUUAUAUGAAUUGAUGCUGAGUGAAAUGAGCAGGACCAGGAUAUCAUUAUAUACUUCAACAACAAAACUGUAUGAGGAUGUAUUCUGAUGGAAGUGGCUCUUCUCAAUAAUGAGAUAAUUCAGAUCAAUUCCAAUGAUCUCAUGAUGAAGAGAGCCAUCUACACCCAGAGAGAGAACUGUAGGAACCGAGUGUGGACCAUAACAUAGCAUUGUCACUCUUUUUAUUGUUUGCUCGAAUUUUAUUUUCUUUUUCUUUUUUUUCCCUUUUUGAUCUUAUUCUUCUUGUGCAACAAGAUAGUUGUAUAAAUACAUAUGCCUAUAUUGCAUUGAACAUAUAUUGCAUUACUUGCCAUCUAUGAGAGAGGGUGGGGAAGAGGAGCAAAUUGGAUCACAAGGUUUUGCAAGGGUCAAUGGUGAAAAUUUAUCCUUGCGUAUAAUUUGAGAAUAAAAAGCUUCCAUUAAAAAUUCACA